GAAAGCCUACAAAAAGCAAAACCCAAAAAUGUUGGGCCUUAUGUGGGCCAUCGACCCAUAAAGUGGACCAAAAGGUCGGUCUUCCUGCCCAUCAACAUGCAUAAAAUGUUGGGCCAUUGGAAUAAAUGGGCAUUGUUUUGGGUCUGGAUGGACUGUCCUGCCCCAACCAUGGCCCUGGUAAAGUCCAGCUCAUAUUUCAUCAAAAUAUUUUCACCGUUUCUUGAUCGUUUCCAUUGUUACAUCUUUUCCAAUUCUCUUCCAAACGGGUUCAGGGGAUAGGGUCCUUCAUUCAUCCCUGGAUGUAGUUUUUUCUUUUACCCCUCCAUUUUUAAGUUUAAAUGGCUUCUGAGCUAACCAAGCUCUCUCUUCAGUAGCGUACAUACAUAUCAAUCUGAUUUUUGGGCUCAAAGAUUUAACCCAACAUUGUGGUUCUCCUCUUCGCUGAUUUGGGUUUUCUAAUGAAAGUAAUGAGAUUCUUUUGAUGGGUAGUCUUCAAUUUUAUUUCUUCGUGGCUCUGCUGUGAGUAUUAGGAGCUAUCUUCUUCUCUCUCUGUUCCUUUCUUCUUGAUGACUCGAGCUUCACUCAAUCCUCUAAACCAAAGCCUAAUAAAAUCAGGCAGCUCCUACGUAAACUUCAUAUCAAAGUUACCCUUUUCUUCUUCACUUCAGACCAUUCAAAAUUCUCACUCCAAGCCACUCUCAAACCCACUUUACAAUCUUCUUCCUGAAACUCAAAACCCGAACAAAAUAGUCAACCUCAUUUCCUCAUCUCUUAAACAGACCAAUUCUCAAUUAAUCCUUCUCAAAAAUGACAUAAAACCCCUUAUUCCUCAUCUGGGUAGCCAUGAAAUCACAAGGGUGUUAUUGAGAUUCCAGUCUGAUUGUUUGUCAGCUGUAACUUUCUUCAACUGGGUAAAAAAUGAUCUGGGCAUUAAGCUUUCUUCGCAUAACUAUUGUUACAUUGUCCAUAUAUUGGCUUGGUCUAAAAACUUCUCUUUGGCAAUGGAAUUGUUAUGUGAAUUAAUUGAUUUUGUUAAGGAUUGUUCAAAUAGUGAAGAUGUAUUUGAAAGUUUGGUUUUUUGUACUAAAGAUUGUAACUUUGAUCCUGCUGUUUUUGAUAUGCUUGUCAAGGGUUACGUGAGAAAGGGUAUGGUUAGAGAAGGUGUUAAGACUUUUAGGAACAUUUUGGGGGUUGGCUUUUUGCCCAGCGUGAUUUCUUGUAAUUUUCUUCUGAAUGGAUUGUUGAGGUUGAAUUUUGUUGAUCAGUGUUGGCUAGUGUAUGAAGAGAUGGGUAGAGUGGGGAUUCGUCCAAACUCUUGCACUUUUAAUAUAUUGACUCAUGUUUUUUGCAAAGAUGGAAACAUCGAUAAGGUUAAUGAGUUCUUGGAGAGGAUGGAAGAAGAAGGGUUUGAUCCUGAUUUGAUUACCUAUAAUACAUUGAUUAGUAGCUAUUGUAGGAAAGGGAGGCUGAACGAUGCAUUCUAUCUGUAUAGGAUUAUGUACCGGAGGGGUGUGAUUCCAGAUUUGGUUUCAUAUACUGCAUUGAUGAAUGGUCUUUGUAAAGAAGAGAGGGUGAGAGAGGCUCAUCAGUUAUUCCAUAGAAUGGUUCACCGAGGAUUGAAUCCGGACAUUGUGUCGUAUAAUACUCUUAUUUCUGGUUACUGCAAGGAGGGGAGGAUGCAAGAAGCAAAGUAUUUGAUGCAUGAGAUGAUAGGAAAUGGGAUUUGCCUGGAUAGUUUUACUUGUCGAGUUCUUGUAGAAGGAUAUGAAAAACAGGGUAGGUUGGUUUCAGCUUUGAAUUUGGUUGUAGAGUUAAGGAGAUUUGGGGUUUCUAUUUCUUCAGAUAUUUAUGACUCUUUGAUGAUUUCUUUAUGUCAUGACAAUCGGCCAUUUGCCGCAAAGAAUCUCCUUGGAAGAAUCUGUCAAGAUGGUUAUGUGCCUAAACUGGAUAUCUAUAAUGAAUUGAUUGAGUCAUUCUGCAGAUGUGAUAGUGUGGCAUAUGCAUUACUCCUGAAAGCUGAGAUGGCACAAAGGAGAAUAAAGGCUGAUCUUGUUUCAUAUAGAGCUCUUAUAUGCUGCUUGUGUAGAACAGGUAAAAGACACGAGGCAGAAUCCUUGAUGGAAGAAAUGCUUAAGUCUGGUAUCCAUCCCGAUCCACGAAUAUGCAGGGCAAUGAUAUAUUGCUAUUGCAAUCAAUCGGAUGUCGAUAAAGCAGAGUCGUACUUGAGAUUCUUUGCCAAGGAAUUUCAAAUUUUUGACACUGAAAGCUACAAUUGUGUUGUCAGUACAUUUUCUGAGGCUGGUGAUAUGGAUAAGUUAAUGGAGCUUCAGGAUAGAAUGCUGAAAGUGGGGUUUGCACCUAAUAGCCUCACAUGCAAAUAUGUAAUCCAUGGUUUAUUGAAAGCUACAAGAUUGGGAAACCCAAGUUUCUUGUCAAAUGAAAAUUUGAAGGGAAUUCUGAGGGAGACUGCCUGAUGUUCCUUUGGAAUGGAUAGAAAGGCAUGCUGAAGUGCUUUUGACUUUGCAAAGAAUGCUAAAAACAGGGUCGCCAUAACAGGCUGUUACGUUCUUUUACAGUUUGUAUAAGUUUAUAUUUCACCCUGUGAUGUUCAUUUAGUCAUGCAAUGUUAUUUUUCUAUAAUUUUUUUUUUCAUGUUGAACUCAAUCCAGAUAAAUGUACUUAAUUGAAAAACACAAUUCUUGAAGAAAGUUAGAAAUUAAUCAAAAUUAUUUUUACCUUUUAAGGAUGAGAGUUUGAGGGAUAAAACAUCGUUGGAGCCAACGAACAAGGGAGCGGUGAAUGUC